AUGGAUGCUACCGAUUUGCCCAACAUAAAAAAAUGGAUUGUGAUGUAUCCUAUUUACAUUAACUCCAAAAAAACGAUGGCUGAAGGAAGACGCAUAGUGGUCGCCAAAGCUUGUGAAAACCCUACGUGUGCCGAAAUCGGUGAUUGCUGUAGCUAUCUCAAGCUUCCUUUCGCAAUUGAGAUAGACAAGGCGUAUCCUCGCGAUUUCAUGCAAAGAGGGCGGGUGAGGGUGUUGCUGAAGAAGGAGGAUGGGACACUCUAUAAUCCCUCAAUCUCGUCCAGAAAGCAACUAAUGUUACGGGUUGCAGAGAUGGUACCUAGGCAUCAUGGAAGGACCAAGAAGCAGGAGACUGCAUCAACAUCAACUACUGGACCUUCCAACAAAUCUGGAAAGGGUGGGAAAAAGAGAAGAUAA